CAUAUUCAAAACAUGAACUUUCAGAAGAAACCUUAAAAACAAACCGUCGGAAAAAUCUCCGGCGAAAAACCCGUUGCGACGAGGUAAAGAGGAUGGGGGUAAUUGAUUUGAUCACUAGGGUUGAUUCCAUCUGUAAGAAGUACGAGAAGUAUGACGUCGAUAAACAGAGAGAAGCUAAUAUUUCCGGCGACGAUGCUUUCGCUCGCCUCUACUCCGCCGUUGAAUCUGCUCUCGAAGCCGUUCUUCAGAAAACGGAGGAUUUGUCGUCUGAGACGAGUAGAGCGAAAGCUGUGGCGAUGAGCGCGGAGAUUCGAAGAACGAAAGCUCGAUUGAUUGAAGCCAUUCCAAAGCUCCAGAGACUGUCUCUCAAAAAGGUCAAAGGGCUCUCAAAGGAAGAGCUUGAUGCUAGAAACGAUUUGGUUUUGUCAUUGAGAGAUAAGAUUGAGGCAAUACCAGAAGCCUCUGCUCCUGUAGUAAAUGGUUGGGCAGCUUCAACAUCAUACUCGAACAUCAGAUUCGAUACGAGUGUCUCGGAUCACAGAAUCGUUGGUGGAUAUUUCCAGCGUACUGAAGAGUCUGAUCAGUUUGAACAAGAGUAUGAGACGAGAAGAAUAAAACAGGCAAUGUGGAAGCAGGAUCAAGGAUUGGAUUUCAUAGCUGAAGGAUUGGAUACACUCAAGAAUAUGGCUCAGGACAUCAAUGAGGAACUUGAUAGACAAGAACCACUCAUGGAUGAAAUGGAUACAAAGAUUGACAAGGCAGCUACUGACUUGAAAAGCACCAAUGUGAGGCUCAAGGAUACUGUAACAAAGCUGAGAUCUAGCCGAAACUUCUGCAUAGACAUCAUCCUCUUAUGCAUAAUCUUGGGAAUCGGUGCCUUCAUUUACAAGUAA